AUUUACUUGUCGGGUUUCACAUUCAAAGAUCCAAAAUGUUGCAAAGUUUGCAGAACCACAACCAGGAAAAUCUUUUUUGACGCGAAUUUUUUCAUCCGUUUCGAAUAUUAUUAUAAUCUCUUUUCAAGAUUUCACAUUCGAGAAAUUCCUCUUUUUUUAAUUAUUUAUAUCUUUUUGGGAUUUUAAUUUUAAUUUUGAUUUACCUUUUUAAUAUCUUGGUGAGUUAAUUUCUGAGUGUUGUGCACUGAUUUUUCCUCUUAAAGGCUUAAAGGGUCAUAAGGGUUUGAUUGAACAACCAUCAAAAUUGUAUCUUUGUGUUUCAAUUUCAACGCUAUCAGAUGCCAGAAAAUCGGCAGGUUUUCAAGAAUGCUGCUUCUAAUCCAUCUGGUGAUAACAUUGAAGAAGCGAUUCGGCGGUUGAAAAUCAAUAAUAACCGGGACAGGGAUGCUGCGGCUCAAUCGAUGCCUUAUCCGGAUCGACCUGGUGAACCUGACUGCUUAUAUUAUUUGAGGACUGGAAUGUGUGGUUACGGGAGUAACUGUCGCUAUAAUCACCCUGCUAACGUUUCACUUGUUACUCAAUAUGGUGAAGAACUUCCUGAGAGAGUAGGGCAGCCUGAUUGUGAGUAUUUUCUAAAGACAGGAACAUGCAAGUAUGGAUCGACAUGUAAAUAUCAUCAUCCAAAAGACAGGCGAGGUGCUGCACCCGUUGUAUUCAAUACUUUAGGUCUUCCUAUGCGUCAGGAGGAAAAGUCGUGUCCCUAUUACAUGAGAACCGGGUCUUGUAAGUUUGGAGUUGCGUGUAAGUUUCAUCAUCCACAGCAGGCGGCGGCUUCCUAUGGAGCUUACCCGGCGGCCGCUUCCCCUCCCCCCACAACUGUUACUUCAUCAGGUUUUCCAUAUGCUGGCGGGUUUCCUGCAUGGUCGGUUCCGAGAAUGUCGUAUUUAUCUGGACAGGGCAUUCAAUCUUAUGUGCCUCCUUUUAUGCCUUCUACACAAAGCAUUAUGCCUGCGCUGAGCUGGAGCAACUACAUGGGAAGUAUUAGCCCCGCAAUGCCUACAGGUUUUCUCGGAUCUAAUCUUGUCUAUGACUACAUGAAUCCGGCGGGAGAUACACUUUCUGGUGGACAGGCAGUGAAUUCGUUUCUUCCGGAUAGACCUGAUCAACCAGAAUGUAAAUACUUUAUGAGCACCGGAACAUGCAAAUAUGGAUCUGAUUGCAAGUUCCACCACCCGAAAGAAAGAAUAGGCCAAUCAUUGUCCAUUAAUCCACUUGGCCUUCCCAUGAGACCUGGGAAUGCUAUAUGCUCAUAUUACAGAAUCUAUGGAGUAUGCAAGUUUGGUCCAACAUGCAAAUUUGAUCAUCCAGUUGUAGCUAUCCCUCAGAACUACGCCUUACCCUCGCCCACUCUCUCCGUAUUCGACGCAUCUCUUCUUAAUACUCCAAGAAGGAUAUCGCCUGUCCAACAAGCCGACACAUCCCCGUCGAAACAAUCAUCUGACAAGCUUCAACAAUCCGACACAAAAGAUGCCACCGAAGAUUCAUCUAAACAAGCUGACUCUGACGACACUACAUCGAAUUCUCGCACACCUUCCUCCGAGUCUUUACACGAAUAAACUGCUUCAAGUUUGAUUUUUCUUUUGGACCUUUUCUCUUUUUGGUGAAAUAUAUAUCAUACAUACCAUCUACUCCCCCUUUUAAUCUGCAGUUCUGAAGAGUUGGAUAGUUUGUUCAAUGGUUGUUGUAACAAUCAUGAGCUUGUGGGGGGAUAGAGGGCAUUUUUUUGUGGUGAAUAAAAUGCAAGUGAAAAGUUUGUGACUUUCAUUUACCCUUUUCUCUCUUAGGGUCAAUUUGGUAAAGACACCUACAAAAUAUAUUGAGUGAAAAUCUCAAGUAUGUGUAGCAUUUCUUGCAUGAAUAGAGUUUCUAUUGGCUACAAUCAAUCAAGAUACAUUAAACUUCAAGAGGAAUCAAAACUUGCAUGA